UAUUAUAUUAUAUUACAUAACACAAUUGUAUGAGGAUGGCAUAAAAGGAUGUGGUUGAUAUGAACGUGUCAAUUUCUUUGGUUAGAAACAUAUUUAAGGAAAUGUUUGAUGAAGAUAGGAAAGCACGUAAGACGAGGCUUAAUGCAAAAAAUAAGCCCCAACACAGUUAUUAUGAAUCAAAGACUGGACAAACUAAAUCAAGAGCUCGAGGACUUAAAGGAAGAAGUUAAGUUGCUUUCCAAGGAAAAAACAGAAAUUGCAGAUAGUCUUCAAGUUCAGAAAAACAUGGUGGAUGACAAACUUGAAAUCUCGAAAACACAUAUAAAAACUCGGGAGGAAAAGCUGAAGGAUUUGAAGGAAAAACUUCGUGAAAUGGAGGAUAGAUCACGAAGGAAUAAUCUUCGAAUUGACAGUUUGAAAGAACAUGAGAAAGAAAGUUGGGAAGAUUGCAAACAGAUGGUAAAAAAUCUUUUGAAACAGAAGCUGAAUCUGGAAAAUAUAAUAAUCGAAAGAACACAGAGUGCGACCGAUGACGGAAAAAGCAGGUCCCAGAACUAUAGUGGCUGAAGACAAGGAAGCAAUAUUAAUGAAUGCAAAGAAGAUCAGAAAUACUGGUAUUUAUAUUUAUGAAGAUUUCUCUGCGUCAACAAGGCUUAUCAGAAAGGAGAAAUGGAUUGAAGUUCAGAGACUUAGGGAACUUGGUAAAUAUGCAAUUUUAAAAUAUGAAAAAGUAUUUUCUAGGGAUUUCAAACCAAAAACAUAAAUAAGUUUCCGUUACGCAACAAGAUAAUGGUUUGCUUUUUCACAAGAUGGCUGAAAACAUAGGAGAAAAUUUUGAAAAAUUAGUUUUUGAAUCUUUUAAUUUGCAAAAUAUCCUCUUAGAUAAUUCAACAGACCCGGACGUAAAUCUAAACUCUUUUAUCAGAUACAAAGUACUUCACCGUAGAUGAUGCAAAACAAAAUCUACAUCAUAAAACUUCUUUUUCUAUUUUACAUUUAAAUAUAAAGAGUAUAAAAAAGUACUUUGAAAAAUUUAAAAACUUUCUGACAAAUUUAGAACAUGAAUUUGAAAUAAUAUGUUUAACAAAGACAUGGUGUCGUGAAGAUAAUUGGACAAGCUCUCUUUACAGUUUGCCAAAUUACUCCUCAAAAUAUAAAUUAGAGAUAAAAGUGUUUGGGAAGGAGUUAGUGUUUUUAUUCACAAUUCUCUAAUGUUCAAAGUGCGUUCUGAGUUGAGUAUUAAUAAUGAGCAUGUUGAAUCAUUUUCUGUAGAAAUAAUCAAUAAACCCACCAAAAACAUUAUUAUUAAUGCUGCAUACAGGAAACCUGCUGGCAAAUAUAAACCAUUUCAUAACUACAGUUGACUCUCUCUAUCUCGAACUCGCAAGGGACCAGAAAAUUUGUUCGAGAUAGAGAAAGUUCGAGAUAGAGAAAAAUUGACAAAAAUUGGAUUUUUUCGUAAAAAACGUAUUUUUAACCUUCAGUGUAUCGGGAGUUGAUAGAGGUCAAUGAGAGAUGUUAAAAUGUUAAUAUUCAAUGCACAAGACUUCUUUUAAAAUAAAUACAUAAAAUAAAUUUACAGCUUCAUUUAAAGAA